AUGGGUUCUCUCCCUUCGCCUCCACCAUCCACGCCGCCACGGUCACCAGAAACUUCCCUCUCCCACAACCGUGUUUAUGCCCUGUUUUGCUUUAAAGAGCCGGGGCCUAAUUCAAACAUCUCCAAUUGGUUAGAUUGCUACAAUCCGGUUGACAAUACGUGGACUCAUGUUACCCCAAUUCCGGGACUAAUUGAGAACCAUUUGUUGAAGGAUUUUGCCAUGAUCUCUAUUGGAGAAUCAAUCUACAUAAUUGGCGGCCGCCUCUGCCGCAAGGACCGUGCUCCCGCCACCACCGAAUCCGAUGAAUUUUUUGAAGUCAACCAAGAAGUACUCUCGUCGGUGUUACGUUACGAUGUCAACACCGAUCAAUGGUCCAAAUGUGCACCACUUAAUACACCUAGGGGGACAAACCACGCUGGCAAGUGCCAGGAAUCAAUCUACAUAAUCGGCGGCCGCCUCUGCCGCAAGGACCGUGCUCCCGCCACCAACGAAUCCGAUGAAUUUUUUGAAGUUAACCAAGAAGUACUCUCGUCGGUGUUACGUUACGAUGUCAACACCGAUCAAUGGUCCAAAUGUGCACCACUUAAUACACCUAGGUAUGACUUUGCGUGUACAGUGUGUAACGAUAAGGUCUACGUGGCAGGGGGACAAACCACGCUGGCAAGUGCCAGGGGUGUGUCAUCUGCUGAGGUGUACGACCCCUCACUCAAUGAAUGGACUCCAUUGCCAAAUAUGAAUACCUUGAGGUAUAAGUGUGUGGGCGUGACGUGGCAGGGGAAAAUCCACAUGAUUGGUGGAUUCGUGGAGAGUGGUAACUUUGUCGGGGGGUAUGUAGACCGAAGCUCUGCUGAGGUGUACGAUGAGGAAAGGGGAAAGUGGGACCUCGUGCCGGGGAUGUGGCAACUGGAUGUGCCACCUAAUCAAAUAGUGGCAGUGAAUGGGACACUAUUAAGCUCAGGGGAUUGCCUAAAUGCAUGGAAAGGUCAUAUUGAGGCCUAUGAUGGGAAGCUUAAUAUAUGGUACAUGGUUGAAGGGUCACAAUUACAAAUUCCUUCAUCACCUACAUCGACAUCGUACGGUGGUGAAGAGAGGUGGCCUAAGAUCCAACGGCGAUACCUCACGAUGGCAACGAUUGGAACCCACUUGUGCCUCUUGGCAGGUUAUCGGAAUAUUGAGGAAUCAUCACUAUCGAAAUCAAGGGUACACGUAUUGGACACGUCAGCAACUGGAGGGACAUGGAGGUGCUUGGAGCCCACUGAAGAGGAGGGAGAGAAGGAGCUGUGUAGUCACUGUUGUGUUGUUCAAUUUCCUUGAGAAUUUGAAUGGAAAAAAAAAAAAUAAUGUUGGUAUUUGCUUGACAUAAUUUAAUCGUACUGUAUAAUUAAGGUUUUGAUAAUUAUAUAAAUAUAUUUAU